AUGAUGAAGUUGCAGUUGUGUGUGCUUUUAGCAAUAUUAAUGGUCAGAGGACGAGAAAUAGACUACAUAAAGCCUCCUCAGUCAGAAGUUACUAAGUUAAUCGAAGUAUCAUUCACCUGUAUUACAGAAACUAAUGUUGACGCUGAUACCAUUCAGAAGUUAUUAACAUGGAACGUAAAGAAUACAGAGCAAAUUACAAAAUAUCUGUUCUGCUUUAUGCAAAAGGCAAAAUACGCGGACUACGACGGCCAUUUUAUCAUAAAAAACAUCAUGCCAAUUGUCGGCCAGCAUAAAAAGAAAGACGAGUUCCAGAGAGUUCUAGAGGAAUGUAACAAACUCGCUGGAAAGGACAGAUAUGAUACAGUAUAUAAAAUCUCUGAGUGUACACAUGACAAGACGCCUGUAUUGUUUACUAUGUAA